UACAGGAAGAAGCAUCUUCCUAAGGGUUGUCAGGUGGGAAACAAGUGGGCACGACAGUUCAUCCCUACCGUCAUUCGCUGCAUCGGCGAUCUAGAUGAAGUAUGGACCCUUGCAGAUGACGUUGUCUGUCCUAUCUUGCAGUCAGUCUGGAAUGCAGUCUACAAAGGCAAGAUUCCACACACGGUUGAAGCUGAUGGGCCUGUCCUUGCUGUUACCCUCCAGCGGCUGUCAGAGUGGCGCAAUACCUUUAGCAAUGUGGCUCUCGCCGUGCUCGCCAACUUCAUGACCUCACAAGAUGACCUCAAGACUGACGAGGACCGCAAAGAUUUUGCAUCGGCCUUACUCGACAAGUUCACCUUUUUAUUUGGGGACAUCGCGGAGGACGGAGAGGUCUCCAACCCGUUCCAGUCUGACCUUAUUGUACAGGUUCUCGUGCAGCACAAGUGUGCCAUGUCCGGCACUGUCAACCUGCCGGGAAUGAACGAUACAGUGCCGGGGCGCUCGAAGGGCACUCUUAGUCUUGCCACGGCAGCAGCA